AUGGCUGUCGACCAAAAAGUCGCUUUGAUUGUCAUUGACGGUUGGGGUAUUGCCGGACCCGACUCGCCCCCGGAGGGCGAUGCCAUCGCCGCCGCCGAGACCCCGUUCAUGUCCGGUUUCGCCGAGGUCAACUCGAAGACUGCCCAGGGCUUCACCGAGUUGGAGGCAUCCUCGCUGGCCGUCGGUCUCCCCGAGGGCCUUAUGGGCAACAGUGAGGUCGGUCACUUGAACAUUGGUGCCGGUCGUGUUGUCUGGCAGGACAGUGUUCGCAUUGACCAGACCGUCAAGAACGGCGAGAUGAGCAAGGUUGAGAACGUUGCCAAGUGCUUCACUCGCGCCAAGGAGGGCAAUGGCCGUUUGCACCUGUGCGGCCUGGUCUCGGAUGGUGGUGUUCACUCCAAAAUCACUCACCUGUUCGCUCUGCUCGAGGUUGCCAAGGAAAUGCAGAUCCCCCAGGUCUUUAUUCAUUUCUUCGGCGAUGGUCGUGAUACCGACCCCAAAAGCGCCGUUACCUACAUGGAGCAGCUGCUCAACAAGACUAAGGAGCUUGGUAUUGGUGAGAUUGCCACCGUCGUUGGCCGUUACUACAUCAUGGACCGUGACAAGCGCUGGGAGCGUGUCGAGAUUGGUAUGAAGGGUCUAGUUACUGGUGAGGGCGAGGACAGCUCCGACCCUCUUCAGACCAUCAAGGACCGCUACGAGAAGAAUGAGAAUGACGAGUUCCUGAAGCCCAUCGUCGUUGGUGGCAAGGAACGCCGUAUUCAGGAUGACGACACCGUCUUCUUCUUCAACUACCGUUCGGACCGUGUUCGUGAGAUCACCCAGCUGCUGGGUGACUACGACCGCUCUCCUCGCCCCGACUUCCCCUACCCCAAGAACAUCUCCAUCACCACCAUGACCCAGUACAAGACGGACUACACCUUCCCCGUUGCUUUCCCUUCCCAGCACAUGGGUAACGUCCUGGCCGAGUGGCUGGGCAAGAAGAACCUCUCCCAGUGCCAUGUCGCCGAGACUGAGAAGUACGCCCACGUUACUUUCUUCUUCAACGGCGGUGUUGAGAAGCAAUUCCCUGGCGAGGUUCGUGACAUGAUCCCCUCGCCUCAUGUGGCCACCUACGAUCUGGACCCCAAGAUGAGCGCUGCCGGUGUCGGUGCCAAGAUGGUUGAGCGAAUUGGUGAGAACAAGUUCGACUUCAUCAUGAACAACUUCGCCCCGCCCGAUAUGGUUGGCCACACUGGUGUGUACGAGGCCGCCAUUCAGGGUGUUGCUGCUACCGAUAAGGCUAUCGGUGAGAUCUAUGAGGCCUGUAAGAAGCACAACUACAUUCUCAUGAUCACUGCCGACCAUGGCAACGCUGAGGAAAUGCUCAACGAGAAGGGCACUCCCAAGACUUCCCACACUCUCAACAAAGUUCCUUUCAUCAUGGCCAAUGCUCCCGCUGACUGGAAGUUUGCCAAGGACGGUGGUGUCCUGGGUGAUGUCGCCCCCACUGUCCUCGCAGCUAUGGGUAUUGAGCAGCCUGCUGAGAUGACCGGCAAGAGCCUGCUCAUCAAGUCGUAG